AUGCCGCACGAUAAGGAACAACUUAUCCAUUCCCUUCGCUCCCAUCGAAUUAACACUCUUAUGGAGUUACGCCGGGCAGAAAAGGCCCUCGUACCGCUAGGCACUCCCGACAUUUACGAGCCUCUGGCCACGGCAUGGCUUCACUAUGUCAACUCAAACAAUCUCCUUAGCGAACUGCGAAGCCUUACCAAAGACUACCCGUUUAGCUCAGAAUGUCUAGACGAGGCUAAAGCUCUGGUCAACCAUGACCCGGCAAGCUUGAGGAGCUGGAAUUACUGCUGGCUAGUCCUCCAAAAGAUUCAAGACCAGCAAUUGAUCUCAAAGCACGCUUGGGGAGCUGCAGCGAAACCUGAAAUGUGGGGUGGCUGCACGCCAGAUGCUGGAGCUAUGGGGAACCUUGCAAACGUCUUGCUAGUUGAAUGGACCCGCGCAGUGCAGCUGAUGUUGCGCCAUUGGGAAAUAUCACCAAUGCGGUAA